AUCUAUGACUACAUAAAUUGGAACAAACUAUUAUUGAACAACAGCUGUACAUUACAGUUUUUAAUAUAGUCAAUAAUCAAAAUACAGUGAUUUAGCAGCCCACUUUGCCACCACGCACAUAUGCAAUCCAAAUAACCAUACCUACCGAAAAAUCUCUAUCAAGCUUUCCUAUAAAAAGGUCAUUUUAGUACAGAGUUUCUCAAACAUUUCACUACCUUUUCUCUCUCUCUCUCUCUCUCCAGAGAGGGUACAGUGGAUUAUAGCAAAAAUGGGGAAGUAUGCUGUAGCAACCACCUUCCUCCUCUUGCUGAACUUGGGUACCUUACUCACUGCCUUUGCUAACUCAUACUGUCCACCACCGGAAUACCCUCCAAAAAUUCCACCCAAACACCCACCAAAGGUGAAGCCACCAUUCCACCCUAAACCACCAAAACACCCUCCUCAUGUCAAACCACCAUAUGUACCAAAACCACCAGUGGUGCACCCUCCCAACCCUCCUCACGUCAAACCACCAUACACACCAAAACCACCACACGUCAAACCACCUUACAAACCUCCACACAUCAAACCCCCACCCUACGUCCCCAAGCCACCCAUCGUAAAACCUCCACCCUACACCCCUAAACCACCUGCAGUAAAACCACCACCCUACGUCCCCAAGCCACCGGUCGUGCUACCCCCUCCUUACGUACCUAAGCCUCCGGUCGUGCAGCCACCUCCUGUCGUUCAACCACCUCCGUACACUCCAAAUCCACCAGUGGUGACACCGCCGCCGGUUGUAAAACCACCUCCUUCAACACCAUCGCCAGUAGUACCUAAGCCGAGUCCACCUGUAGAAACUCCCUGUCCUCCUCCGCCCCCAGCACAGCAGACUUGUCCCAUCGACACUCUAAAGCUCGGGGCUUGCGUGGACGUGUUGGGUGGAUUGAUUCACAUAGGUAUCGGCGAAAGUGCCAAGGAGAAGUGUUGUCCUGUGCUUCAGGGUCUAGUAGACCUGGACGCGGCCAUUUGCCUCUGCACCACCAUUAAGGCUAAGCUUCUUAACAUCAACAUUAUCAUCCCUAUUGCUCUUCAGGUCCUCGUUGACUGUGGGAAGACUCCUCCGUCAGGUUUCCAGUGUCCGGCUUAGAAUCGUUGUCGUCAUCAUCAUCGUCAUAGUUGAUUAAUUUAAUCGACUUGAGAGUGAAAGUUGUUUGGUUAAUUACUUUUCAGGACAGUGUAAGGAAGAAAAAAAAAAGUUAAUUAAGAAAAUUCAGAAUAAAUGUAUAAAUAAUGUUCCCGUUAUUAAUAUUGUUUUUGGUGUUUGUUUUGUACCUUACCUUGGAAAUCGUGUGUAGCUACCAAAGAGGUAAUGAAAUCAAGAGAUUUACUUCUUACUAA